GCCAGGAGGCAUUCAGGAAGUUGUUCACAGAACCAGAGUUCCUUAUUGGUGCGACACGGUACAACGAUCGCAUCCAAGCGCUCCGCAACGAAGCAGCGCCGUCCGGGCGCAGUAGACCGACGCGUCUCACGAACGAGGAGAAGCGUGGCAGACACGAAUUUCUCGCUGCUUCGCUGGUAGCCAUGGGCGAGAGCAUGGGGGGGCUGUGGCAGGCUGAGGAUAGCGGAGCGCCGGCGCAAAUGACGAUGGAACAACGGCCAGCGCAAAUUGAAGGCCACGGCCAGGAGCGGCUGAGCAACCUCCUGCGGCAGUCGGUCGACGGUCUGCGCGAGAAAGCUAUGCAUCGCAAAUGUCCAACAUCUCGAGGAUCAGCGUCUGGGUUUCAUCAUGGAGCGUUUUCUCCAACCGAUCGGAUUUUUUGUAUGGAUACACUAUGAUCCCAUCAUCGACAUGCAGCAAAUCUGCGUCAUGAAUGCAGAAAAUAUCUUGAUCUCGUCUUUCUGGCAUGAUGCUUGGCGUAGCAUAGCUUCUGUGUCUGUUUUGUACACCGAGCUUGUUGUACUGCUAAGUAGGUGAGAACAAGAUGCAGUAGAAGUCAAUAAGAGCCGCCUGGCAAGGGUUUUUUACAUUUAAAUGCCUUGUUGAUCAUGAUCCUUAUGGACUCGGGAAGCCCCUACUGUAGCGAUGCAAAUCGACGCCGGCCAAAAUUUUGAAUUCUGUAUUAUCGGCUCCGAGAUUUGUAGAAACCCAGAGAGCAGAACCACGAGUUUUAUUGUGUUUGCGCGUGAUACAGACACAACUCUUGCUCGAGAACGAAAAUAACCCGCAACUACGCGAGCAGUUGAUGGAAACACAGGUGCCCAGCAUGGUGGACAUUCAAAGUACGUUCGGCCGCAAAUCAGUCGCGACAAGACUGGCAGAGUGCGCCGCUGCAUGCGGGGACCGGCUGAACCCCACCGGCAGCAGGAGCUGGGACAACGUGGUCAACCAGGUGCCUGGAUUUUCUAGAGCGCGACGACAAGAGCCGCUGUCCGAAGAAACGAGUAAGCAAGUCCUGGUGCUUGCGCUGACCCAGAAGCCACCGGUCGUGGACAGUACUGGCGCUGGCGGCGCGACAAUGUCGGUGGUAUGCCUUGCAAAUUUCGAUCUGGUGGGUCUGGAGAGUUCUGAUGCUAGUUUGGUAAGUGUGGUAAAACGACCGUCAAAAAAGCUGUAGAAAAGUGUCAAGUACUAUUUUUUUUUCAUGAUCUUCAAUGGGUCUCCUGAUAGUUGGGAUGUGCAGAUGAAAAUACGUGCUGCACAAGCAAGUCGCGCUUGUUUUCCGAAGACGUGCUAGAGGUUAGACCUAUGAUUCAGACGAGUCGUAUAGAAAAUGUAUAUUCUUGAAUGAUUUUGAUAUUCUAUUCCGAUAUUUCCAGUAUUCUAUACCCACCAGAUCGAUAUUUCCAGUCCAUAAGUGGGCACCGGCACCAAAACGUGGUGGCAGUUCUCUGCGCUGGCCCGGUUAGACGCACAGCAGAGUUGGCUCGACCUUUUGAAGCGCGCGUCAACGAACCAGUUGAGACCAGACAUCAACAAAAAGAUCAAGGACCUACAAGGUCUCUACUUGCAGAUUCCCGGGAAUGUGUACUAUGGCCACACGGACAACUGCUGCGAGAGUUUAGAAGGUGAAACCGUGACGGGGCAGCGGUUCUGCGGACCCUGCGGCGGCUGCUGCGCUUCGACUUGCACCAGGCUAGUGGACGGUGGUCUCUGCCAAGACAUGGAGAGCUGCGCGAAAUGCUGUCACUGGGGCGGCUGCUUCAACUUGAGUGGCGACCGUGCGCAGGGAAGCGGGGCCAAUCUGGUGGAGAUGCUCGUGUCUUCGAUGGGGGAUGCUGACGCCUUGAAGCAACG